AUGGACGUUGAUGUAAAAUAAGGUCGUUUAAGGGCAGUCCGUAGAAAUGGAUUGGUUAAUGGAAUCAACCCUUAUUAAUUUCUUAGUUGGAUAUAUACUCUAUUUGAUAUAGUUAUAGCAUACUUUUUUGCCUUUCAAUUUGAAGAAACAGGAAUGAGGGUAUUAAUGUUUUUUUCAUUUAGGAACUCUAAUUGAUACUUCUUACAGUAAUAGUUACUUGUGUUAUUUAUUCAUGUCUAAGAACCACAUUAAUAGAUCCUACAGAUUCAAUUGUAAAGGAAGAGAAAUUAUCAAAACUACUUGGGUAAUUUUAUAUAAUUGAUAUUCAAAAGCAAAGAAUUUAAGACAGAUAUAAAAUCUUAUUGUUUAGUAUGUUAAGCACAUGUUUAAGAGAAAACUAAACAUUGUUGGAGUUGUAAUAAGUAUUAAAUAUUACAUAUUAGAUGUGUAUCGAAAUUUGAUCAUCAUUGUAUUUGGUUGAAUAAUUGUGUUGGAGAUUAGAAUUAUUUUUAUUUCUUUGUUUUAGUAUUAUCUUUAGUUGCAUUUAAACUAUUUAGAUUAGGUUAAGAUUGUAAAUUACUUUAUCUUCAAACCAAUUUUUAGAUUUUAGUUUAUAUUUGUAUUUCAGUAGACCCUCCUGUAUUUUUUGUAUUGGCAUAUUUGUUAUCAAUGCAUUUAUAUUUCAAGUAAACAAAACAACAUUAUUUCUAGAUGGAAUAAUAUUUCUACAUAUGAAUAUAUCAAAUCUAAAAAAAUAUCUAAAGAUAAAAUGAUGAAAACGUAAAAUGUACAACAAAAGUAGAUUUAAAAUGAAAGUUCUACUGGUUAUGGAUAAUUGUUAUCAACAUCUAAGCGUUUUGAUAUGAAAUCACAACUAUCCUUAAAGACUGGAGAUUAAAAGAAAUCUAAUCCAAACUAUUUCUCGAAUAAAUAAGAAGAAGACAAGAAAACUAAUUUAUAAACAUAACAAUAAUUCACAUAAAUUCCAAGUUUAUUUACAUCUAAACCUACUACUCCUGGAAAUGAUUAAGAUAAAAAUUAAAAGAUUUCUUAAUUGUCAAAGCCAAAAGAUUUGGAGGAUUUAAAAGACAAAUAAAUUUAUAAUUAGGUGAUAGUUGAAGAUUCAGAACCAUAAUUAAAUGAAAGUUCUGAUGAUGAUGAUGAAGAUCAUCAUGUUAAUAAUAGAAAUCAUAAUCAUUGUCCUCAAAAUAGCCAUACUUCUGAUCUACCUUAUAAUCAUGAAUAAGUAAAUAUUUAAGUUAAUUAAUUAAAUGAAAAAGAUAUGGUGAUCAAACAAGAAAUAGAUAUUAUUCCAAAUCAAGAAUCUAUGAAUUAAGAUAGUGUUUUAAAUUAAAAUUCUCUAUAAGCUUAGGAACCUAAUCCAUCUUAACAAUGUUGUAAACUUACGUUAGAAUUACAUGGUAAUCAAAAUAUGAUAAUGUAAAUAAAUAACCAAAAGUAUAUUUCUGAUAAGUGCAUUUAAUGA